AUGAAAGAUGAGAAUGAAGAUAUUAUGAAAUUAAUAGAAGAAGAAAAAGUUAAGAACUAUGAUGAGCAAAGGAAUGAACUAAGAUUAGAGGCAAAAGAGUUAAUACAAAAGAUCCAGGAAGAGAACGUUAAAAAUUAUAAUAUAAAAAGAAAAAAGGCUACCGAAUACAAAGUUGGCGACUACGUUGCUAUUAAACGAACACAAUUUACUCAAGAAAGUAAAUUGUAUCCUAAGUAUCUAGGACCUUUCGCAGUGACAGCCAAAAAGCAUCAUGAAAGAGAUAUCACAGAUACUAAAAGAGUUUAA